CUUCUCAUUGUAGUGUCUGCCUCUGCCAGCCAUGUUGACCUGUAUGAGACCAGAGACUGAAUUUUCAGACUUUCGCUAGAACUUAAGGGUGCAUCCGAUAAAAUAAAAAACAUUAUGCCCAAGUGUGAUGUAAAAACUAGAUAUAUACCGGCUACAUUUGCAUGGACGUUGCUCAUCGUUGCCACUUCUUUAUUUUUUUACUAUCCGGCCCAGUAUUACCUAGCGGAUCACCCAUGGGUUCCAGCGUGCCAAGGUGUUAUCACUUUCUUCGUCUUAGCCAAUUUCACAUUAGCAACAUUUAUGGAUCCUGGAGUUAUCCCCAAAGCACCUCCUGACGAAGAUAGAGAAGAUGAUUUUAGAGCACCUCUCUAUAAAAAUGUUGACAUUAAUGGUAUUACAGUUAGAAUGAAAUGGUGUGUUACAUGUAAAUUUUACAGACCACCAAGGUGUUCCCAUUGUAGUGUGUGUAAUCACUGCAUAGAGACAUUUGACCAUCACUGUCCUUGGGUCAAUAAUUGUAUCGGAAGAAGAAACUACCGCUUCUUCUUUUUCUUCCUCAUAUCAUUAAGUAUACACAUGAUUAGUAUAUUUACGUUGAGCCUCAUCUUUAUACUAAAGAGUGGGGAUGUCUAUACUAAACCUCAACCAAUUGUAGCUAUGGUAUUAAUGGCACUGGUCGCCUUGCUCUCCAUACCUAUAUUUGGUUUGACUGGUUUUCACAUGGUUCUGGUAUCAAGAGGGCGAACUACGAACGAACAAGUAACCGGCAAAUUUAAAGGUGGAUACAAUCCGUUCUCGAGGGGUUGUUGGGACAACUGCUGCUAUACACAGUUUGGUCCGCAGUUUCCAAGCUUGAUCAAACCAAGUAAAUACAAUACGAAGCGAAAACAUUGUCCACAUGGACCGAUAGCGACGAUAACGAACGACAGUCAAGUAAAAACGUACAUGGAUAACAGUAAUGGAGUGAGAAAUAUGAACUCGAAUGCGUAUAAUAAAAUGUCACCGGGUCGUGAUGGAUGUGAAUUAGACAUGGAGCCGUCAGCGUCCCAAUCCCAAGACUGUGAACCGACACCUCCACUACAGAGGCACGGUUCAAAAAGCAAUUUCUUCCUACCGUCGGCCGGAAAUACCGUCGAUGGUGAAUCUCCUAGACACCCAACGCAGGUGUUACCUACUCCAGGGCGUCCUAUGACGCAUUAUGCUCGAAGUAGUCCCCACCCCCGGCCGCGGGGUCUCGACCCGAACCGCAGCGGAACGCCCGACGUGUUGGGUGGUCAACCGCAGCGGCCGUCGCCCACUAUGCAGCAGAGAAUCAAGGCGUUGGGCGUGCCGACUCCUUUGACUCUUUCGACUCCAGUUAGAAGGUAAUGUGUUUCUAGUCAUGCAUGAAAAGAAGGGAUAUCUACCUCUACUUUUAAAGAGAUAAAAGUCCACUUUUAGGAUUCGAAGAGCAUGUUGAUAUUUAUUAAAACUUUCUCCACCGUAGUAUUUAUAAGUCUCGCCUCAGACAAUCUGGUUUUAUACAUUUUUUAAUAAUUGUACAUAUACUUUUACUUUUUCGUUUUAUUUAUUGUUAAGGAAGAUUCAAAACGUUAAGUUCUAAAAACGAGUGGUAUAUGCGGGGAAACAAAAAGAUUAUACGACUUUUCUAAAGAUCUAACAAAUUUGCAUCACUGUUGUAGUAAAGAUAUUCGUGGAUUCGCUACAAAAUACAUAUAGUGGAGUCAAUGAAGGUUUUCACCUCCGAUUUCGUUGAACCUUCAUCGAUUUUCAUGGAAAUUUGUGAGCAGUUAGAAGAUACUUCAAGGAACAAAGGUGACAUGAUGCCAACUUGCGCUUUUACCCUGGGGGUGGAUGCCACCCCUUCUCGGGGGUGAACUUUUUUUUUAAUAAAUAAAAUACCAGAAAUCGAUAGAGCGGCAACUUCUAAGCAAAAUUUGUUAUAUUAAGUUAUUAACGUAAAUCAAUACUUUUUGAGUUAUUAAAUAUCAAAAAUUUUAUUUUUUCUUAAAAAAAUGCAUGUUUUAAAGCUGUUUUUCAGGUAUUACUCAAAAACUAUAAGCUUUUGUAAAAAACCUAUUAUUAACAAAAUUAUAGAUAAUAAAAAAUUUAAUACACUCCCCACUUAAAGAACUAAACUAAUGUUAUUUCAAAGUGGGUUAUGGGUAAUUGAAUGUAUAUUUUUUUCGACGAAUACUCAAAUCUAAGUAUUCAAGCUUACAUAACGGGAAAACGAUGCAUUUUAAAAUAAAACAUACGCCAUUUCCACAAAAAUUAAAAUUUGUAGCAAUCCUCACAAUAAUUUCUUUAUGUUAACAUAGUUAAUGAUUUCAACAAUUUUCACCGGUGUAGAAUGCAUAUUUUUGAAAAAAAGAUACAAUUUAAAAAAAUCUGAAUUUUUAAAAUUAUCGUACUUUUCAUUUUCUUUUGAUAAUAACUCCAAAAAUACUCAAUAUACGUAAAAAAUAUUAUGUAACUAAAUUUUAGUUUUUUUUUGUUCCAAAUACUUUGCCCAUUUUACUAUUUCCGUAGAGUAAAAAAUACCCGAGAUAGAAGCGUUUAAAAUUUCAAUUAUGCUGUGAGAACCAUGUAACCGGGGCCAUUUAACCUUUUAUUGUUAAAAAAGUGAAAGGUUUAAAAGACUAAUUUCGACAUGAUUUAAUAGCUCUUAGAAUAAACUUUUAAUUAGUUUUUAGGUGAACCUGAGAUCUUAAACAUUAACGGAGUUAUUUACAAAAAAACAAUAACAUUUUUUGGAAAAAUUUUUAAAAGACACAUUUUGAAACAUUUUUGGUGCAUAAAUUUUAAUGCUAUCAACUUGUACGAGGGCUUAUUUGAUAGAUAUUUUUAUGAACUUUGACAAAUGGUUAUUAAGUUUAUGCUAUAAAAUGCAUAAUUUUGCCAGUAUUUAAGCUUGAAUACUUAGAUUUGGGUACUCGACGAAAGAAAUAUACAUUCAAUUACCUAUAACUUACUUUUAGUUAACAUAGAAAGGUUUUUCUAGUAAGGAGUUUAUUUGAUUUUUUAUUAGCCUCAAUUUUGAUAAUAAUAACUUUUUUGUGAAAACUUAUAGUUUUUGAGUUAUUUAUGAAAAAUCGGUUAAAAGCAUGCAUUUUCUCACGAAAAAUCAAAAUCUUUGAUCUUUAAUAACUAAAAAAGUUUUGAUUUAUUUUAAUAACUUUAUAUAACAAAUUUUACUUAUAAUUUGUCCCUCUAUCGAAUUGUGCGGUUAUUUUUAAUAAAAUAAUUUUCACCCCCGAGGAGGGAUGGCAUCCACCCCCACGGUAAAAGCGCAAGUUGGCACCAUGUCACCUUUGUUCCUUGAGAUAUCCUCUAACCACUCACCAAUUUUCAUGCAAAUCAAUGGAGGUUCAACGAAAUCGGAGGUAAUAGCUCAUAUCCGCCUUCAGUAACUGCACUAAUAAUUAUCUAUGUGAUUUAUGUAACUUUUCAGUCGAAAGGGUUGUUUUGUCGAAACCGGAGAUGUGUGUACAGCGUGUAACAUUCUUUAUUAACAUCAAGUUUAUGUAUCCAAUCGUCGAUACAUCAUGUCUCAUGAACAACUAUCUAUUGACGAUUAUAGUUCCCUGUGUAAAAUCUUGCCUAGUGUAGAUGCGGAGUACCGAGUGAGAAACGAUCUUACAUAUCCCCAAUCGCCAUUGUCAACAAGCUCCCAUUGAAUCACAUUAAGUACUGUGACACACCGGACAUUUUCGGCUAUCUGUAUCUGUAGAGUAGUGAGAGUGAGUCAAGUCCCAGAGUACUUAGGCCACAAUUGACCCAUUGUGCAUCCUCCCAGGGAGCUAUCGUCCUUAGCUCAUUGUCCAUCCUGUCAUUUUCAGAAAGGUGGACAAGCAUCAGAAGAUAUAUCUUUUAUGUGGGCAGGUGUAGGUUAGGGCUCGUCGAAAACAUACUCUCGUAUUAACGAUAACUCCGGACAUUCACGUAUAACAUACUCGACAGUUUCAUCAUCUCGUUCACACUUCUUGCAUAGAGGUGUGUCUACUAGCCCCAGUGUAUGGAGUAUUUGCUUAGUUGACAAUGGCCACUUAAAAAACCAACUGGUCAAGCGUAGGGUUGGAAAACUCUCGAGAAUGAAAAAUUAGAGAAUAUUCUCGAGAAUAUUUUUGAUAUGGAGAAUUUUCUGAGAAUGAACCCCAUGACGCACUUAAGAAUAUUGUUGAAGAUGAAAAAUAGGCUUUUGAAAUAGACGAAAAAACAGUGUUCUUUGUAUUGUAUAUAAAAAAAUACAAAAACAACAGAAAACACAAAAUUUCUUUAAUAAAAAAAUGAAAUUUUCUUUCUGGUAUGAUAAAAGAUGAGACCUCAGAUUCAGAAUCUAUUUCUAUCAGUAGCUCAUCCUAGUCAUCUACAAUCUUCAUUUUUCAAUGUACUGAUGAGUUGUGGGAUUUUGUUUCUCACGAGUGGCCAGCUUAGUCAUGGAUUGGUCUACGUCUAACAAUGUUAAAUUGUGAGCAAUAAAAGUUACCUUACGAGCCCGUUCAGCAGUGAGCCAGUUUCUUCUAGAGGAGUGGAUAAAAAAUGCUUAAUAUAUCAACUACUAUUUUAGUUAAUUUUGUUCCGAAACAUGUACCUUUUCACCAUAUGAUUAAGUCUAGUUUUUCAAUUGAUUUUACAACGUAUGAUUUUCCAAAAAAUCCCUCCUUAGACCGAUAAAGUGCCAAAUCUGCCAUCAUUUCAGCUGAAUCAUCACCAUAUUUUAAAGUUGUUAAAUUAUCUACGAACUCAGUUUCCUCAACUUGUUCUUCUCUGCUUAAAUGCCAUUCUAAAUAAUUGCACGUUAAUAUUGCACCAAAAAAUAAAUAAAUAUGGACACUGUAAACACCCUUGCUAGUGGUUCAUGGGAUUGGCAAAAACAAGAUACCUACAGUCCGUCUAAUAUACUUACCGUUGCACGUCAUUAUCUACGUUAGAGAUCUAAGUUGACAUAGUUGCCAAAGUAUAAAAAAAUCCUGAAUUCAUUUUAAAUCAAAUAGAUCACAUAAUUAUUGUGAUGUGGAUUAUACAACAAAACAAGUUAAUAUUCAAUGUAAAUAAAUAAAAACAUUAGAAAUAGAAAACAAGAAUUAAGUUAUAAUCUUACGUUAAAGUUAAUAAUAAAAACAAUAAAUAUAAUAAAACAAAUACGUAUAGUAAAAAAUAAAAACAAAUCCGAACUGUCAAAUCGUAUCGCAAAGUGUAUCACAACUGUCAAAUAAAUGUUACAAAUGUAUGCCAAAAUGUCACCUUCGUUCGAUUACAGUUACAGUAUGUUCCGAACAAAAUGUGCUUCAUAAAAACGCUUUGUAAUCCAUUUAUACAAAUUAAAUGAAACAUAUUAUUGUGUAUUUCUUUAAGUUAACAUUAAUAGAAAUCUUCAAAUAUUAUUUCUACGCGUAUAUAAUAAAAUAUGUCUAGUGGCUGUAAUUCCAGUGUACUCGGCAAAAUGGUUCAAAAAUAGAACACACCUACCGCCUAAAUAUUUCGUGUUGGUAUCAUGUGACGUCGCGGGCUAGGACGCGGAUGACUUGCAACGGUAAGUAUAUUAGACGGAGUAUACAUAUUUUUUAAAUUAUAAUAAUUUGACCCGUAUCUAGUUUUUAUUUUUGUUUCAGUUUUUGAAAAUAUAGAAAAUUGUUGCCGAGAAUAUUCUCGAGAGAAUUUUCUGGUCUAAAGGAUAUUCUUGAGAAUAUUCUCGUUCUCGAGAAUAUUCUCUUGAGAAUAUUCUCUUCUAACAUCACUAGUCAAGCGUAUGGUUUUCCUGGUCAUUCCCAAGAACUUUUCUGAUACUGACUUUCAAGGUUCCUUAGUGUUACUUUGGCAAGUCUACAUUCUUGCCUUUCUUCCCAUAUUUUCACGGUUUGCCUGUGGUAGUGACAUUUGUCAAUUUCCGCGAUUGUUGUAGUUAACCAGCCAAAAGGAUCACCAGACCCUAAGAGCCUUAGACCUGUCGCCUUCCUAGCUAACUGGUCAGUAAUGCAGUUGCUUUUAUUACCAUUGUGUCCUUUAACCAACUCAGGCCAUCCGAAGCUUGGGCUAGUGACUCAUGACAUUCCGUUACUAACCCUAAUAUGACACGUGGUCUAUUGUGGGCUAGUAGCGCUUUUCUUCUGUCUGUGCAGAUUAUUAUAUAUAGUUUUACUUGGCUAUACCUUUUCCAUAUAUACCUAAUCCUUGUUGUGACUCUUAGAAUGGCAUUGAAAAUGUUAUUGUUAUAUUACCAUGCACGGUGAAGUUGUCACAUCUAUCUUGUUGUUGCAUGUUUGUCAUCACUGUUUAAAGAAUAACACAAUGCGAUAAAUAUGUUAUACAUAUGUUACAUGUGUUUCUCUGUAUAUACCUCCGUUUCUAUAGCAGUUAUUGACAUAUUAAGUUUAUAGGAUUUUAUAGAAACAAAGCAUUUUUCAGUUCAGUGAUAAUUAUCUAAUAACUUCUUCAUUUGGAAGAUGUACUUUUAUAGUGGCCAUUUGAAACUUACCAAAACAUUUCAAGGAGAUUCAGUUUGUGCUUAAAUCACGACAGUAGCUUGAAAAUAUUUUUUGGUAACAGUUGUAAUUAUUGUAAAAAUUGUAAAUAGAAAUAAAAGGUAUAUGGUUUCUUUGCUUUAUAUUUUUUUUUUCAAAAAAUUGAAAUCUACAAAAGGUGCAGGUUCAUUCUUUUUUUAGUGUCUUCUUCGUUAUCGACUUUUUCUCCUAUGUCCUCAAUUUUCUAACUUUCUUGUCUCUCUUUUAUAUUUAUACAUACAGUUGAGUCUGCGAAUCUUUACCCGUGCGUCAUCAUUUAAAGCACACGAAAUAAGUCGAUGAUAAGUCGGAAAUUGAAAUUUACUAAACGCAACAGCAAGCGACAGUGACUUGCUGUUGCGUUUAGUAAAUUUCAAUUUCCGACUUAGCAUCGACUUAUUUCGUAUGCUUUAAAUGAUGACGCACGGGUAAAGAUUCGCGGACUCAACUGUAUUGGUUUUUAUCUUUAUUUUUUUUGUCUCUGUGCUUCUUAGUUUUAUCUUUCCUAUAUUUCCAACUUUUUAUUUCUCGUUCUCUUGUGACUAGUAAACUCUUGUGACUAGUAAUAGAGUUUAUAGUUUCUCGAAACUAUAAACUCUUUUCCUCACAGACAUAUUAAGAUCAACAAUAAGUAGUGUAGUUUGGCAAAUGGGUUCAGUUCCCGCAGUCAUCACAAAAGAAGGAAAAAAACUCAUUUUAUUUUUGUUUGUAUCCUUGUUUGUUUACUUAUCUAUCCUUCAAAUGUUUUGGUCUCUUUCUUUCCGGUGCUUUUCCUAUUGUCACCACUUAUUUCUAUAUUCUCAUCAUCCCACUUUUCAUUUACUUCAAGGUAAAUAUAUGAUAUUAUCAUCCCUACAUUUAGCAUUUAGACCAAUACUCUUACUACCAACUUACAGGUAAAUAUUUUUCUAUUGCUUCGCACACCUUUUUAAGAAUAUUCAACACCUUUUGUGGAUAUAAUUGUAAUAUAUAUGAUCCUGUAUAUAGCAUUUAUUUACAUUUAUGGAUAGAUAUUUUAUAUAUUCAAACUUCUAAUGAUUUAGCAGCUCUCAUUUCUGUAAUUACGUAGUAAAUCUUCUUGAAAGUUUCUCUUUCAAAAAAUCCUAUGGCUACAUAAGCUUCCUAAGAUAGAGCAGAGAGUUUUUGUAUAUUUGUAAUAUAAAAACAACAGUUGACACUUGACAGUUGUCACAACGUCACAAGUGAUAUUUGACAAUAGCCAACUGACAUCUGAGACCUACAAUGCAAGAAGGCGCAUGCAUUUUAACGAAUAUAUACUAGAUAAGGAAGAUAUAUACAAUAUAAUAAAUCUAUAGAUUUAUUAUAUUGCGUAAUGAAAUAGUUAUUUAUGAAACAGUUCGUGAAUUAUGCUUUUUGCGCACUCACGCGAUGUAUAGAGCACGAGCGAAGCGAGUGCUAUAUAUCGCGUAAGUGCGCAAAAGGUACUUCACGCACAGUUUCAUACAAUAUUUUAUCUACGAUAAACAAAUAAAAAAACUGCACCUCUUCGUCAAUGGAAUACAUUUCUAUUCUACAAUUUUUAGAACUUUGACAUUUUAAAAUUCAAACUUCUUUCAAACUAGAAAACUGUCAAAACCUUUGUUGUAAUUUAUUGCUCAUAUGUCAUCAAGUCAUCACCAUGACAACGCGAAACUAAAGGAUAUUUGAUUAUAUGAAAGUGUGCCACAAAACAGUGCGAAAAAGUAAAUCCCAUUUAAAAUACAUUGUUACUUCAAGCAUACUUUAAACCCUUCACGUACUGCUAUCUAUAAUGACAGUUUUCACAAACUAAAAACUUAUACAUUAUAUGAGAUAGAGUAGAUAAAAUAAUUUAUAGAUAAAAUAAUUUAUCUACUCUAUCUCAUAUUAUGUAUAAGUUUUUAGUUUCUGAAAACUGUCAUUAUAGAUAGCAGUGCGUGAAGGAUUUAAAGUGUGCGUGAAGUAACAAUGUAUUUUAAAUGGGAUUUACUUUUUCGCACUGUUUUUUGGCACACUUUUAUAUAAUCAAAUAUCCUUAACUUUCGCGUUGUCAUGGUGAUGAAAUGUGAGCAAUAAGUUACAACAGACAGUUUUGUGGUUUGAAAGAAGUUAGAAUUUUUAAAUAUCAAAGUUCUGAAAAUUGUAGCAUAGAAAUGAAUUCUAGUGACGAAGAGUUAGUUUUUUUAUUUGUUUAUCGUCGAUAAAAUAUUGUAUGAAACUGUGCGUGAAGUACUUUUUGCCAAAAUCCCGACAUGCAACAAUCCCCGCAUAAGCAAAAAUCCCGACCACUACAUUUUGAAUAUUUAUUGUUUCCUUUUCAAAUGCAAUACCAAAUCAUAUUAUAGAGUAUUGAAAUUGAAAAAUUAAUUACUUACUAAUAAGUACGGGUACUAAUUAUUAUGUAUUUUAAAAGAAAAAAGUAUUAAACACUUCAUUUUAUAAUAUAAAAUCUAUACUUACUGAAAUGGAAGGUUGUAAGUGAAAUGAUAAUAUCUAUUAUAUGAAAGUAAACUUGAAUUCAGGAUUUUAUUAUACAUAUAUAUUAUUGGACUAUAUGUAUAUUGGCAAAAAAAUAAUUUAAUUCAUAUACCCAUGUUAGAAAUUUUAUUUAGAAAAUUAGUUCAUAUUAAAUGGUAAAUACUUUUGCUUAGUAACAAAAAAUAAAAAACAGAUAGCCAUAAACAAAAAACCAGAAAUAAAUGUAAUUAUAUGUUAAAAAGGAACUUAUCAAACCUGUCGGGAUUCUGGCGUGUCGGAAUUUUGGCCUGUCGGGAUUCUGGCGUGUCGGUAUUUUGGCCGUCGGGUUUUGGCUGUCGGGAUUUUGGGGUAGACCCAUAUUACCCAUCGAAAUUUUUGCACAUAAGCCUCAAAAUCUUGCUUCGUAACUGUGUAGAACAGUUUCCUUUCAGUUAAUUUAAGCUUUAAUUUUGUUUUUAAAAUGUUUUGUUCGCUUACUACAAUGAUCUUUUAGAUAAUCGUUAACAAUUUUCGUAAUCAAAUCAUAUUCAAAAUCAGUUGUAAAAAUGUGGCUAACUUCACUCAAAAUGAUUGUCAUCGGGCAUGUCUGCUAGUAGAUUAGGUUAUUUUUAUUGUUAAAUGCAAUUAUAAAGGGGCCUUCUAACCUAUUGUAAAAAUAUUUUGUAAAAACUAAAUCAAAGACUUAUGUAGCUAUAGGAUUUUGGCAAAUGUACUUAAAAACAAACAAACGGUUAGUAUUUUUCAACAAACAAGACAAUUAAUUACGUCAUUGGUAAGUACCAACGGCCGAACAGUUGUUGGACGUUGGCACGUUGUUGAUCACAGCUGUUGCUAUUUACCAAGAAUGAUAUUACGUAAAAAUCAUUACAACAAUAGCAAAACAAUCGUGGUUGUGCGUCAUAGAUUCGAUAAUCUCGUCAAUAAAUAAAUAGUAACAAUAUGGUUUCAAGACAAUUUAAAACAUUUCUUCGCUAAAUUUAUGUAGUUAUAUGUUAUAUCGUUUAUAUGAUUCUAGAAAUCAAUCUCGUUUCACACGAAAACAAGUAACAGGUACAUUAUGGUUCUUCUUUUUUCACGAAUAUAUGUAAGACAAAUACCAGUACAGUCAUGGUGUUUUUACACUCAUGGUGUUUUUACAGUCCGAUACUUCAAUUUUGAUAUUUGAAAAGGUAUCCCAAUGUUCUGUCUGCGUUGAGCCUGCCUUUGUCGCUGAUGUGCAUUUCCUUUCAGUAUACAGUAAAACCUCUGUUAACCGAAAUAAUUGGGGGGAGGCCAUUUCGGAUAACAAGAAUUUCGGUUAAAAAUAACAUUGUUUUUUGUAUUCUUCUUGUAUCAAAUUACGUAGUAUUUUUGACAAAGUUGGUAUUAACAAAUACUAUGAGGUGAUUUUGUAAUAAUGUGUUUUAUAUUUAAUUGCGUUCUUUAGUCGUGUAAAACCAAUGUUGACGAUGUUGACAAAUUAACAUCGAAUUUUUUCCGUUUUGCGAUAAAAGUUUAUUGAAACUGUCAGCCGUUUCGGUUAAACGAUGUUUCGGUUAAAAAAGUUUCGCUUACGUAGGUUUUACUGUUUUUCUCUACACAAUAUCCUAUUCAUAUUACGCUUAUUCCGUGCUAGUUUUUGCCCAGUUUUCUGUAUUCAUAUGUUUAUAGUUUAUGGCUCUUUGAAACAUCGGUUCGAUCUUUCUAUGUAGUCUUUGUGAUCAAUAUUUUAUGAGUUCAGAUGAGAUAUCUCCAGGACCGAGCCGUGAUAUGGCUCGGUCUUGGGCUGUUCUAUAAACAGCUUCCAUUCCUUUCUAUCCUUCGCUUUGGUUUUCCAAUUUCGUACUCUUAAUACUCGUUAGUCAUCUUCCACCUGCUUCUUGCUUUGGGCCCGCCUUUUUUCUCACUUCUUCUGCUCUUUGGUUGUAAAUGACGGCUCCAUCUCGUUCAGUCUCUCUAAGUAGUCUAGUCACCGCAGCCUGUUUAUUUUGAUGGACUUACCAAUACUUCUUCUUCUUCAAGUGCGAUCUCCGUAACGGAGGUCGGCAAUCAUCAUAGCCAUCCGGACUUUGGAGACGGCUGCACUGAAAACUUCAUUUGAUGUACAUCUGGAUGUCAUCUGCAUACGCUAGUAUUUGUACACUCCUGUUAAUAAUGGUUCCUCUUGUUAUUCCACAUUCGCUAACAGCUUUCUCUAGGGCAAUGUUGAAUAAGAGGCAUGAUAGGCUAUUUUCCUGGCACAAGUCCUAAUUGUUUUUAUAAGUUCUUGAUACUCCGUUCUGCACUCUAACCUUACCUUCUACUGUUGAGAGGGCUUCUUUCACUAAGUGUAUUUGGAUAUUGAAUUCUAUCAUAGCGUUUCUGUCUACACUGUCAUAGGCACAAACAAAUGGUUAUCUGAUUAUGGAAUAUUUGAUUGAUAGUUGACUUUUCUUUGCGAAACCCACACUGGUAUUUGCCUAUUAUAUUUUAUACAAUAUCCCGACUGUCGAUUGUAAAAAAUAGUUUCAAAAUAGCGAAUUAAAAUGACAUUUGGUAGUAUAACCCGAUCCAUCGCGGAUUCUGCUGCCAAAUUCGAAAUUUGACAACAGCGGAAAUAUGACGCUCGACUCCGGUUGUUUUGCGUUCAGCGUAGAGGUAUGCUUUUGCGUAUUAAAUAAAAGGUGAUGCAGCUUUGGCCUAACAAAGAAUAUUUUUAAUAAAUAUUUGUGAACGUU